AUGAUCUUCAACACUCAGCUCAUCACCUGCCUCGCGGCUUGCCUUGCGGCCCUUCCUUCCGCCACUGCUGCCCCCCUUCCCCGCAACGACUCUGGCAAGCGUAUUGUGCUCUGGGACUGGACCAACACUCGGGACGCCGGUUCCUACCCUGGCCUCCAGGCCAGCGCCAAGUCGAUUGCCUCUGCUUCCAAGAUCUUUGCCGUUGUCAACUGGGGCACCCAGGCUCCGGCUGAGAUCCCUGCUGGCGUCCGUUUCCAACCCAUGAUCCGCAGCCCGGCCGAGCUUUCGGGUAACCUCUGGCAAGCUGCUGUCGACCAGGCCACCAACAACAAGCAGCGCAUCAUUCACUACUUCAACGAGCCGGAGCGGGCUGGCAUCUCCGUCGAUACUGCCGUCCAAUUCUGGCGCAGCAAGCUUCUCCCUCUCCGUGCCUCGACGGGCUGCCUCCUCGUCAGCCCGGCUCCUGCGAGCAACGACCAAGGCUCUGCUUGGCUCGCUGAUUUCAUGAGCAGACUCAGCCCAGAGGAGAAGCCCAACUACCUUGGCGUCCACUUCUACACCAACCCUGACACCGCUGCCGAGGCCGAGGUUGCCAAUGCCAAGAAAUAUCUCGAGGACCGCAGCUCCACCUACGGCCUCCCUCUGGUUGUCAGCGAGAUUGGCAGCACCAGCCGCGAUGCCACCUCGGUUCAGACCUUCACUCAGCAGAUGGCCGAGUACAUGGACUCGAGCCCCAGCGUUCUCGAGUAUGGCUUCUUCGGCGCUUCGCGUGUCCCGGCCGAUGACUUUGUCAGCCCUGCUGCUCAGCUCUUGAACAGCGCCGGUGACUGGACCACUCUCGGUAGCUGGCUCCUGAACAACUAG